AUGGUUUUUUACAUCGAAGGUCUACAAUUCCCGGCGACUCACGAAGGCUCUACUAUUGCCGGAGCAAAGGGGGCUGCUACUGUCAUGAAAAUCAUUACCUUCUUAAGUUCACUCCUAUCGCCUUUGUAUACCGGCAUUGUUUGUCCGUCAUUUACGCAGAUACUCAAACUGUACGCGUGGGAGGAGGCAUUCGAGAGGCUGGUCACAAAACUGCGCAAUUCAGAGUUGCGCCAGCUUCUGUUCGGUUCCAUUUCCUGGGCCAUCGUGGAGGCCAAUUGGACCCUUGCACCCUUUGUUGUCCUACUGGCCACCUUCUCAUCCUACAUUGCCAGACUGCGUCCGGAAGUGUACAUUAAUGGCACCAGCACGAUCGACAACAUCGAGGGUCUGUUGACGCCGGAAAAGAUAUUCGUCAGCUUAUCACUCUUCAACCUCCUACGGGUGCCGCUCACAAACCUGCCGUACAUUAUCUCACUGGUCAUCAUGGUAUGUCAUUAA